UCAUCAUCGACGCGAAGUUCUCGUAACAAACACUCUCAAUCAAAUCACUCAAAUUUCAGAUCAUCUCUAAUGGCGCCCAAGGCAGCGGAGAAGAAACCAGCGGAGAAAGCUCCGGCGGAGAAGCGGCCAAAGGCGGAGAAGAAGAUCGGAAAAGAAGGAGGGAGUGAGAAGAAGAAGAAGAAAUCGAAGAAGAGCGUGGAGACAUACAAGAUCUACAUCUUCAAGGUCCUGAAACAGGUUCAUCCAGACAUUGGAAUCUCCGGGAAAGCGAUGGGGAUUAUGAACAGUUUCAUCAACGACAUCUUCGAGAAACUCGCUCAGGAAUCGUCUAAGCUCGCUAGGUACAACAAAAAGCCGACCAUUACUUCGAGGGAGAUCCAGACCGCCGUGAGAUUGGUCUUGCCUGGAGAGCUCGCUAAGCACGCCGUAUCUGAAGGCACCAAGGCUGUUACCAAAUUCACUAGCUCUUAAGAGAUUUCUUUCUGUAAAUUUCCUGAUUAAUGUUUGGGUUUGAUUCGAGAUUUAUGAAGAGUAUGUUUAUCCUUUGGGUUUGUUUUUUAUAUAGCCUGAUUCCCUGAAAA